CUCAACGCCAGCUCUACAAACUACCCGACCGACAUUCAUGAGUGCAACUCUAUUCAUUUCACUAUAGCUUUGUAUGGUGCGGAACCCAACCAUGCCUCGGGGAACUCCUACUCCAUGGUCUUACUUUCUCAUCCGGCUUCUUUUCAAAUUCGUCCUCAAGGUAUUCUAUGGAACAAUAGUCGUCGAGGGCGUUGAGAAUAUACCUGCUACCGGAGAGCCAUGCAUUGUAUGCGCGAACCACACAAAUUCUCUAACAGAUGCGCUUCUUCUUGUGUCGACCAUUCCGUCAAGUAAACGCAACAUGCUACGGCUCACCGCGAAAUCCACUCAAUUCGGCAAGAAGACGCUGACCAGCUGGCUCAUCGAAUCUGCUGGGACCGUGCCGAUUCAGCGGCGCCGAGACUUUGCGGACGGCACAGUCGACAACAGUCAAGUCAUGCUGAAGCUUCGUGAGGCCCUGGAACAGGGCGAUGCUGUGUGUCUCUUUCCAGAGGGUGCUAGUCGGUAUCAUCCCACGAUAGCUCCUCUCAAAACCGGAGUCGCACGCAUCGUGUCCGAUACCCUCACCCAGAAUCGAGACAACCCUGACUUCAACAUCUCUGUACUAACCUGCUCCGUGACUUACAUGCACCGUCAGCACUUUCGCUCCGAUGUACUGGUAACCUUCCACCCCCCAAUGAGGUUCCGUCCUCAGGACAAUCCCGAGCUGCUGGCACCAGUGGACUACGACAAUAUUCGCUCGCUAACCGCGCGUAUGCACAAGAAAAUCGCAUCUGGGACCUUUGAUGCGCCGUCAUGGGACCUCAUUCAGCUGGGCAGGUUGGCAGCAUCGAUAUAUGCCCCACUUGGCACGCACAUGAGCCUGGGAAAUUAUGUCCGGGUUUCUCGUGCGUUCUUGGAAGCAUUCAAGACGGAGCUCCUCCCAGAAGCGUUGGCUGACUCUGGCGAGCCGGACCUAGACGAUCUGACUCGAGACAUCGAGGAGCUUGUCCGGUUGAAAACGGAUCUCAAGGCAUAUCAAACUGAACUAUCCAGGUUGAAGAUCAAGGAUGACCGCAUAAGGCGACCUCUACCUCGACACAUCGUCCUGUACCGCAUGUUUAUACGACUUUCGUGGACUGCGUUCUUGCUCACGAUCUGUAUUCCCGGCCUAAUCCUUUGGACGCCCGUAGCCCUCACAAUAUUCUACGCCGUGCACAACUUCAAGAAGACGGGGCCUAUCUACGACACAUUCGACGAGAUCGCCCAGUACAAGCUCGUCUACGGACUCGUGUCUGGUUUAUGCGUGUGGUUCGGUGCUUCCUUGUUCACCUUCCCCAUCACGCACAUAUCCGUGAUCGUCAUCCCAGUGUUGAUGUGGAUGAGUCUACGUUGGUUCGAGGACGCGGUCUCGGCCUGUCGCGCCUUCAUCACGCUGUCGCGGCUUCUCCGAGUCGGCCAGCCCACACUGCGGCGCCUGGGGCAGGCGCGGCGCGACCUUCAUCGGCGCAUCAUGGACCUAGCCGUGAAUGGUCUCGGCCUGCCCGACGAUCCAGAGACCUACUUCGCACAAGAUGGGGAGAAACAGAAGGGGCGGGUUACGGGCCGAUGGGAGAGCAAGAGAAAGUACUUUUCCGUGCGGCGUCGGAGAAAGAGGGACUGGAACGAGACGUUGCGUUUGAAAGAGCAAGUUGACUAUCCUUCGGACACUGACCGCUGACAGCCUAGUGGAAAUUAGAGAGAGAGAGAUCUGGGACAAUAGUAGAUAUCUAUAGUACAUCAAAGUAAUGGGUAACAAGGCAUCGUGCAUACGGGUC